AUGGCUGCUGUUCCUGGUCCCGUCUACGGCCUCGAGGUCCCGCCUGGAGAGAUGCUGAUCCCGGCCAACUUGGACUUUCCCGCCUCUGUAAGUUUCAAUGUCAACUCUUCCAUAUUUCACAGGAUCGAUGCUAACCACCGAAUUCCCUCGUCGCAGUUCCGCAUCACCAUGGCCGCUAUUGAUCCCACUGAGGAGGCCGAGCUUGAUGACUCUAAGCCCAACCAGGUCCCUCGCUCAACUCUGCGCCUCGUCAAGCGCGCCUUCCCUGGCCUGGACGCCGACGAUGAUGAGAAUGACCUGAGCGACUCGUACAUCCAGGCCCUUCUCGGCAACUCUGACGACGAGGAUGACGAGGCCAAUGGUGGCCCCAGCGACCCUGCCAAGGCUAAGAAGCAGAAGCAGGCUGCUGCUCUCAAGCAACUUCUCGAGGCCACCAACGGCGAGGGCUCCGAGGAUGAGGAUAUGGAGGAUGCCGAGACCAACGGCGGCAAGGGCAAGGGCAAGGCCGUUGAGCAGGAAGUUGACGAGGACGAGGACGAUGAGGAUGACGAGGACGACUAUGACGAUGAGGAGGAGGGCGAUCUUGAGAACUUUGUUCUCUGCACUCUCGACACUGAGCGCAACUACCAGCAGCCUCUCGACAUCACCGUCAACCAGGGCGAGAAGGUCUUCUUUGUUGUCUCAGGAACACACACUGUUUACCUGACCGGCAACUACAUCAUGGAUGACGAGGAGGAGGAUGACGAGGAUGGCGAGGAUGACUAUGACCUGUCCCCCGAUGAGCUGGAGUAUGCCAUGGGCGAGGAUGACAGCGAGGAGGAGAGCGACGACCUCGAUGAUAUCGCGGACCCCCGCGUCACCGAGAUCGAGACCGACGAGGACGAGGCUCCCCAGCUGGUUGCCACCGACAACAAGAAGGGCAAGAACAAGCGCUCCGCUGCCGAGGCCGAGGGCCUCGAUGACCUCAUGGCUAAGUCUGCUGACUCCAAGCUUUCCAAGAAGCAGCAAAAGAAGCUCAAGAACAACAAGGGCGAGGCUGUGGCCGCUGAGGAGAAGGAGGAGACCAAGAAGGAUGCCAAGAAGGUUCAGUUCGCCAAGAACUUGGAGCAGGGUCCUACCGGCUCAGCUAAGGACGCCAAGAAGGCGGCCAAGCCAUCUCUCGGAGUCAGGAACGUCCAGGGCGUCACGAUUGAUGACCGCACCAUCGGCAAGGGCCGCACUGUCAAGAACGGCGACACUGUUGGCGUCCGAUACAUUGGCAAGCUCCAGAAUGGACAGCAGUUUGAUGCCAACAAGAAGGGCAAGCCCUUUUCCUUCAAGAUUGGCAAGGGCCAGGUCAUCAAGGGCUGGGACAUUGGCAUUGUCGGCAUGGCCAUUGGUGGCGAGCGCCGCCUGACGAUUCCCGCCCACCUGGCCUACGGCUCCAAGAGCCUGCCUGGCAUCCCCGCCAACAGCACCUUGACCUUCGAUGUUAAGUUGCUCGAGAUCAAAUAA